CAGGGCGCACACUAAAGCAACGCAGCCUGCGUGGGAGAGCCGCGGGUUAACAUUUACUUAAGUUAUUCACUUCACGUGGCUAGAACCGAUGAUUCUCUGCUAAUCCUACACUACUUUCAAAUCACCAAGUCUCCACCUCAGCGCGUGAUACCGCCACCCGGGACCGGACUGCGUGCGCAUUUGGUCAGAGAUGAACUCAGAGGUGGAUUACGGAGGCUCGGGGAGCAGCGGGAACGGAAAGCUGCGCCAGUGGCUCAUCGAGCAGGUGGACUGCGGGAAAUAUCCGGGUCUGGUGUGGGAGAACGACGAGAAGACCAUCUUCAGGAUACCGUGGAAACACGCAGGGAAACAGGACUACAACCGGGAUGAGGAUGCCGCGCUUUUUAAGGCCUGGGCUCUUUUCAAAGGAAAGUUCCGAGAGGGGAUCGACAAGCCGGACCCUCCGACCUGGAAGACGCGCCUCCGCUGCGCCCUCAACAAGAGCAACGACUUCGAGGAGCUGGUGGAGAGAAGCCAACUGGACAUCUCGGAUCCCUACAAAGUGUACCGCAUCAUCCCCGAGGGCGCCAAGAAAAGGCCCAGGCAGGAGGACAGCCCUCUGAGUCCGGUGGGCUUCCAGAUGCACCCCUCCUACCCUGCCGUGCCGACUCAGAUGCCCCAGUACAUGCCCAGUCCGGAGUGCACCUGGAGAGAGUACUGCCAGGAGCCGGCCUCCCUUCCCGAGCUGUCCUUCGCCCAGUGUCCCUGCCCCCCCCGCAGCCUGCCAUGGCAGACCCCGUCCAUAGAGAAUGGGUAUCAGCUCAGAGCUUCCAUUUACUCCUACGGACCCGCUGACAGCCAGCCCUCACCCUUCAGCCUGGAUGCCAGCAUCAGAUCAGCAGAAGCACUUUCAGACUUCCGUCUUCAUGUGUCGGUGUAUUUGCGGGACACUCUGGUCAGGGAGGUGACCACAUCCAGUCCAGAGGGCUGCCACAUCACUCCCUGCUCCCCGGAGAAGCACUACGUGUCGCCCGGGAGCCCCGAGGUGGUGCCGCUGCCCGUGGACGGCUUCUCGACCCCGAGGAGGCCGGACGAGUGUCCCCCGAGUCCUCCGUCCAGCCUGGAGCGAGGCGUCAUACUCUGGAUGUGCCCCGACGGGCUCUACGCCCGCAGGCUGUGUCAGAGCAGGGUGUACUGGCAGGGCGGCCUGUCGGCAUUCGGGGACAAACCCAACAAGCUGGAGAGAGAAGUCACCUGUAAACUCCUUCACACACAGGACUACCUCACAGAAAUCCAGAGCUACGGGCUCCACAAUCGGCCACUGUCUCGUUUCCAGGUCCUGCUGAGUUUUGGAGACGAAUGUCUGGACCCACAGAGACCAAGACGAACCCUCAGUGUCCAGGUGGAGCCCCUGUUCGCGAGGCAGCUCCUGUACUAUGCCCAGCAGACGGGCGGUCACUACUACCGGCCGUAUGAACACCCAUCUGUGACUGACCACAUAAGCACCUCAGAGGACUACCAGAGAGCCAUCACACACCACCACAGCAGCAGCCUGCAGGAGUGAACUGUGGCUUCAAGUGACUGUUCAAAGCCUAAAGAGGCAGCUAACAGAUUGUAUACUGCAGACCAGGAAACUCAAUGAAAGGAGACAAACAUGGGCAAUUUUUUACAUUAUGACGAGAAAAACAAUGGACGUUUACUUAGCAGCUGUUUGCCUUGUUGUGGUCUCUGUUGUCCUUCCAUUUCUGGGCACAAUUCCAGACUUUCUAUGCAAUUAAAACUGACAGCUGAGGUGAUUGUACAGUAAAACGGCCUUUCCUUGCCUUAGGUAGACAAAUAGUGGCCUUUUUUAUGAUUGAAUGAUUUGUGAAGCUGAGAAUAUGACAAAAGUUGUAGACAAACCAGUUGUUAAAUAACCAGGCUGGUGUUUCUUUUAAAUAAAAUUAACUGGCUGGUAACUUUAGCUUAGCUUAGCAUAAAGGUUGGAAACGAAUGGAAAGCUUGGCAAAACACACUGCUAUGUAUUCACUGUAAAACCAGGUUUAAGGUUCUUGUUGUUAGGCUUAGCAAUCAAGAAUAUUCACAUAAGAUUCAGAAGUGCUGAGGGGGAUUGUUUUAGACUUAAAAAAGCCCAGGCUAGCCGCUUCCCUCUGUUUUCUAACCUUUGUGCAAUGCUAAACUAGACCAACUGCCUCCAGUUUAAUACACAUUAUAUCACUCUUUGUUAACUUCCCCUCUGCUAGCACAAAAAGGGAAUUUUUGUAAAUCUUAAUCCAACAUUUCAUGGAUAUUUUUUAAAACUUUUUUGUACAUACUUUGCUUUUGCAAGGAGACACUAUUGCUACUGUAAAUUAUGAAUGGCUUUGUUAGUGCGGUUUGCCUGAAAGCAGUGUUUCCUCCCCUCGUUUUUAAAUGUAAUUUUUGUAAUUAAGAAGAAAUAAAAUGUGAGAAGUCACAGGCCCUCUUCACAACUGUGCAAGCUCCUCGGGUAUCAUAAGCACUGUGUGUGCAUGGUCUAAACAGGAAGUGUGGUUCAGAGGC